AGUAACGCCCACGUUUGAGCCCCCUUUCCCACCACCGGCAUUCGUUUCAUGUCACACUGCCUCCCAUCCACACCCACACACACACACACACACACGCACACACUUCCAACAACAAAUAUGAAAAAAAGAAAACACAAAUUUUGAUUUUGUAUUGACAACAACAAAAUCACAGAAAACAAACUCUGAAAAUCAAAAUCCCAACAUUCAAUCAAAAUCUAUUCGUUCAAUGAGUGGCAGCGACGCCGGAGAUUCGUCGUCGUCGGCGGAGGAAAAGAAGGACAAGGUGAAGGCGAGGGUGAGCAGGACGUCUCUCAUACUCUGGCACGCUCACCAGAACGACGUCACUUCCGUCCGGAAGUUGUUGGAGGAAGAUCGGUCUCUGGUUCAAGCUAGGGAUUACGAUAGUCGGACUCCUCUCCACGUCGCCUCUCUUCAUGGCUGGAUCGAUGUCGCCAAGUGUUUGAUUGAAUACGGAGCUGAUGUCAAUGCCCAAGAUCGUUGGAAGAACACGCCUCUAGCUGAUGCAGAAGGAGCUAAAAAACAUUCUAUGAUUGAGUUGUUAAAGUCAUACGGUGGUCUGUCCUAUGGCCAAAGUGGAAGUCAUUUUGAACCGAGGCCUGUUCCGCCUCCUCUACCAAAUAAGUGUGAUUGGGAGAUUGACCCUUUUGAGUUGGACUUCUCAAACUCAAAUACUAUUGGAAAGGGAUCUUUUGGUGAGAUUUUAAAAGCAUGUUGGCGUGGAACACCGGUAGCUAUCAAACGCAUUCUUCCAAAUCUUUCAGAUGAUAGAUUAGUGAUUCAGGACUUCAGGCAUGAGGUGAAUUUGCUAGUGAAGCUUCGCCAUCCUAAUAUAGUCCAAUUCCUUGGAGCUGUAACUGAAAAAAAGCCUCUAAUGUUGAUCACCGAGUACCUACGAGGGGGUGACCUUCAUCAGUAUCUAAAGGAGAAGGGGGCACUUAGUCCAUCAACAGCUAUCAACUUUGCAUUAGACAUUGCCAGAGGCAUGGCUUAUCUUCACAAUGAGCCAAAUGUUAUAAUUCACAGAGACCUAAAACCAAGGAAUGUUCUUCUAGUCAACUCAAGUGCAGACCAUUUAAAAGUUGGGGACUUUGGACUAAGCAAGCUCAUCAGGGUGCAAAAUUCUCAUGAUGUCUACAAAAUGACUGGCGAGACUGGAAGUUAUCGGUAUAUGGCUCCUGAAGUUUUCAAGCACCGCAAGUAUGAUAAGAAGGUUGAUGUUUUCUCUUUUGCGAUGAUACUAUAUGAGAUGCUUGAAGGCGACCCACCAUUGUCAAACUAUGAACCUUAUGAAGCAGCCAAAUAUAUGGCAGAAGGACACAGACCCAUGUUUAGGGCAAAAUGUUACAUUUCUGAAUUGAGAGAGUUAAUAGAGCUGUGCUGGGCUGCAGAUAUGAACCAAAGACCCUCUUUCUUGGAAAUUCUAAAGCGGCUUGACAAGGUUAAAGAAAACACACCAUCAGAUCAUCACUGGAACAUCUUUACUUCAUGACAUUAUAGACCCAAGCGUAUCUAUAGAUUCCGAUGGAAAGUUUAUGAUGUUGAUCUCCCCCUGUACUCCCACAUUUGAUUGUGCAGAUGGAUCAUGAACACUCAUCUGGGCAUGGGCGGAGCUAUGCAUGAAGUAGUGGGUUCAAUUGAACCCACUUAACUUUGAUUUUUUUUUUUUUUUUUUUCAGAGAAUUAUGUAGUAUUAUAUAAAUUUUUUGAGAGGUUUUCAUAAAUUGACACCA